AGACUUCAUAGAUCCUUAAAAUCUCUUUUUAUCAAUAUAUACAGGGAACCAUUCUCUCUCUCUCUCUCUCAUCUGUUAUGAAGAAGCUAUACAAGAAAAUUCAUCCAACGCCGCCGUUUUCCGACCGGCUGCUGUCAUUUUUACCGGCGACAAUCUUGACUUUAACGGUAGCUCUAUCCCCGGAUGACAAAGAGGUUUUGGCAUAUCUUAUCUCUUGCCCUUCUUCUACUAACUUUUCAAACAACCAUCGUAAAGCAACCCAGAAAACUGCCACUUACACUUCCACGGCCUCCGCAGCCAUCACCUCCUCCGAUGGUGCAAAGGUGGAUGCUGACCACCCAUCUUCUUUCAACUGCUACUGCUUCCGGUGCUACAUGAGCUACUGGGCAAAGUGGGAUUCUUCACCUAACCAUCAGCUGAUACACGAGGUAAUAGAUGCUUUUGAAGAAAGUCUGUUGAUGCAAAACAAGAAAGAUAAGAGCAAGAAGGAAAGGAGGAAGGGUAAAGGUGUGAGAGGGAGUGGUCAAAGCUCUGAGGAGUUGAAAAAGUCUGGGUCGAGUUUGAUUAAGAACAAUUUUGAGGAGUCAAAUUCGGCCUCGGAAAGCACUAGUGCUGGCGGUGAGACUGGUGGCGGUGAGGCGGAGGAGGAUGAUGUGGAGGAAGAAUUUGAGAAUGGUUCAGUCAGAAAAUUUGUGAGUUCUCUUGGAGAGAAGAUUUGGGGCAUUUGGAGUUGAAAAGGUUGGUUGGUGUAAAUUAAUCCCCUUUUCGUUAAAGAAUUUUAUUUUAAUUUUUGUAGCAUUUUUAUUUAACUGUCUGUUUAAUUCACAAUGUAAAUUAGUUAUGGGCAGAUAAUUUGUGUCCUCUGAUUAAUUUCUCCAUUUUUUGCUGCC